AUGGCGCGACAGGGCGUGAUGGCGUUUUUAUCGACGCUCCUACUUUGCUUUGUCAUCUGCACUGCCGACGAAGCGGUUGUUCCAGUCGCAGUCGAAGCGCACGCGAGCCACAUUCUCGUGCAAUCCGAAGUCCUAGCUGACGAUCUCAAUGCACAGCUGGGCGAGGCCUCCAACCUCUUUCUUAAGUUCGCCCAGCUCGCCAAAGAGCACAGUCAAUGCCCGUCAAGUCGCAAAGGGGGAGACUUGGGCGCGUUCCGUCGUGGCCAAAUGGUGCCCGAGUUCGACCGAAUUGCGUUCGAGGGCGAAAUUGGGAUCGUGCACAAGGUCAAGACCCAAUUUGGCUGGCAUCUCGUGCUCAUUUCCCGACGAUCGGACGGAAUAGAAGAGCCAGACACGUUCCGCGGACUGUAUGAAACGCUUCUCAAGGUCAUGCCGUAUCUCGGUCCAGUCAUUCUUAUAGCCAUUAUGGUCAUGGGCGCUCGAGGCGAAAAAACGGGUCCUCGAGCUCGUGCGUACCACAUCCUCGUCAAGUCGGAAGUCGAGGCGGACAAGCUGUUCGAGGAAAUCGACGCGGCGGACGAUAAGAAGACAAAGUUGUCGGAACUCGCCGGCAAACACAGUACUUGUCCAUCCGGCAAGAAACGAGGAGACUUGGGCAUGUUUGGACGUGGAGAGAUGGUGCCUCAGUUCGACAAGGUCGUUUUUGAGGAAAAAGUUGGGACGCUCACAAAGGUGCAGACUCAGUUUGGAUGGCACGUGCUGCUCUGCACGGAGCGCCUUGGAGACAAGAAGUCUAAGUGA